ACAUAAAAAUAUCGAUAGUCCUCUGCUCAUCUCUGUUGUAUAAUGCGGUACGAUGGUGCAGUUGUUUAAAUUUCUGUUAAAAUCAACAAAAGCGCCGGCUCGAUCCCACUUUCGGCCCACCUUUCUGGACACCCUGCGCUUGGCGGUUCGAGGCGGACAUGGCGGAAACGGGUUACCCAAGUACGGAGGAGUCGGUGGCCAGGGCGGCUGUGUUUACUUUGUGGCCAAGGAAGGCCUGACGCUUCGUAAGGUGGUCCAGAGCCUAAAAGAUAAACGAGUGGUCGCCUCCAGCGGCGAAGACAGCAGCAAGGCAAGUAUCUUCGGGCGACGAGGAGUUGACCAACGCAUUGAGGUUCCUGUGGGCGUUCAAGUGUACGACGAACGACAGAAACUAAUUGCGGACCUCAAUGAAAACGACGCCCAGUGUAUUGUAGCCGGAGGAGGCGUGGGCGGAUGCACUGGCACCAAUUUUAUAGGACGUCCCGGCGAAAAUCGAAUUGUCAACCUGGACCUAAAGCUCAUUGCAGACGUUGGACUCGUUGGCUUUCCCAAUGCUGGCAAGAGCACGCUUCUUAAGGCCGUCUCCAAUGCAAAGCCCAAGAUUGCAGCAUAUCCGUUUACCACGAUUCGACCUCAAAUCGGCACCAUCGAAUAUAAGGACCUGCGCUCCAUCACCGUGGCAGAUCUGCCGGGACUCAUCGAGGGAGCGCACGCCAACUUCGGCAUGGGACACAAGUUUCUUAAGCACAUAGAACGUACUCGCCUCAUGGUCUUUAUGGUCGACAUAUUCGGCUUCCAGCUGAGCCCACGACAUCCGCACCGAGACUGUUUGGCCAACAUCUACGCAUUGAAUAGGGAGCUGGAACUCUACGAUCCGUCGCUGUUGGAGAAGCCCAGUGUGCUGCUGCUAAACAAGAUGGACAAGGAAGGCGCCCACGAGAUUCUUACUAAAGUCAAACCGAUCAUCGACGACCUGGCCAGCGGACUGGAGCAAUGUCCCGAGGAACUUCGACCCAAGCAGGUGCUUAAGUUCGAAAGUGUAGUCCCUAUAUCCGCCAUGAACUCCACGAAAGUGGUCCAGGUUAAGUCGCAGUUGCGGCGAACACUAAUUCGUCUUGCAGAGAAGCAGUUUGUGGUGGACAGUGAAGAGGUCAAGGAGAAGCUUCAGCAGCGUGUCGGCGUGGUGGGCCCCAAAGUUACAUAGUUUAGUAAACUACUUAAUAUUUAUAAAAAUUAUUUGUAAAUAGUUGCAAUACAAUUAUUCAAAAGAA